AUGCCUCCAUUUCCUCCACCACGAAACAGCAUGGCAUUUUCAAACCAGCCUGGGCCCAUAGGCGCGAUAGCCCGGUUCUGGCUCCGAUCCUAUGCCGCCGACUAUGUCGCUCUGGGAUUCGUUGCAACGGCGUUUGUUCUGAUUCAAAUAUUUGUCACCCCAUUCCACCGAAUGUUCUACCUGGAUAAUAUGGCGAUUCAAUUUCCCUUCGCCAAAGUCGAACGAGUACCUAUACCCCUGUUCCCUGCCCUAGUGUUACUCCUAUGGGGUCUCGUUACUCGACCACCCGCCUCCAAGUUCCAUAUCAGCCUUCUCGGCCUCAUCGCUUCCUUGACUGUUACUCCAUUCAUAACAGAUAUCAUCAAGAACGCCGUGGGACGUCCGCGGCCGGAUCUGAUAGAUAGAUGCCAGCCCGAAAGCGGUACUCCGCAACACAAACUCGUGACUUGGAACGUGUGCACACAGGCCAAUGAGCAUAUACUGCAAGAGGGAUGGCGCAGCUUUCCUAGUGGACACAGUAGUUUUGCAUUUGCUGGCCUGGGAUUUCUAUCACUGUUUUUGGCCGGUCAGCUACACGUAUUUCGACCCCGCGCUGAUUUAGGCCGCUGCCUUCUCGCCUUUACACCCACUCUGGGCGCCAUCAUGAUCGCCAUAUCCCGGUGCGAGGACUACAGACAUGAUGUAUGGGAUGUCACGGCGGGAGCCGUGCUCGGGUCGAGCGUUGCCUAUUUCACAUAUCGGCGAUAUUUCCCUUCUCUAGCAGACAAAAAAUGCCAUAUGCCAUACGACGGCACCGAUGCACCAUUCACCAGCGCAGAUGGGUUUGUCAAACUUGUCGAUGACGAGGAGAGGCUGUUGAGUGGUGUGGGAAAUGGUGCGGGCGAGGCUGAACAGGAGCCGUCGCUUCAGGUGCGUAUGGACAAUGUACCAAGAGGGCAAGGUGGUCGAUAA